AUGUCGUCCACCAGCAACGCCUCCAUUGACAAGUUCAACGGAGACAAUUACGCAACGUGGAGCCGGUACAUGCGCGGUGUGUUUUUGACGAAGUCCGUCUGGCACGUCGUCAACCGUGAAGUGACUCCGACUUUCACCGACCCGCGAGCGUCCGAUGACUACGUCAAGGCAAGCAACGUCGCGUUUGGUAUGAUGCUGCUGCACAUGAACGCGGACUACCAUCAUGUGCUGGACAACUGCGAGGAAGCCUGGGUUGCGUGGACAAGUCUGAAGACGCUGUACGGUGGGUCGCAGAAGGCAGGACGCAUCUACCUCAAGCGACAACUUUUCAGUAUCAAGAUGGCUGAAGGCGCGAACGUCAUGCAUCACUGCAACGAGGUCCUCAACAUCUCCGCCAAGCUUAGCGGCAUCGGUGCGAAGAUGGAAGACGAAGACGUUGCAAUUUGUCUGCUACUCAGUCUUCCGAAGAGCUACGAAAAUGUGGUGCUCAACAUGGAAAUGAGCAGCACCGAGCUUCGCACUCAAGAUGUGGUGAGAGUCCUGACGAAUGAGCAUGCCAAGCGUCAAGGAGAAAAAGGGACAACGACAGCGACUACGGUGAAGGCUGAAGAUGCAAGCAAGGCAUUCAGCGCCGAGCGUGAGCCCUACCAAUGCACGUAUUGUGGCAAGGUGGGACACACGGUGGAUCGUUGCUGGACAAAGCAGAAGAACGAAGGCAAUGGCUACGAUCGAGUGGCGUUUGCAGUCUCGUUCGAAUGUGGAGUUUCGACGAGCAAGGACGUGUCUGGAAUGUGGGCCGUCGACAGUGGUGCAACGCACCACAUUUGCCACGACAAGACCAAGUUCGCAAGUUUGGCAGAGCGCAAUGAGGGCGAACUCUUGGUGGCUGAUGGCAACAAGGUGGCCAUCAAGGGUGUGGGAACCAUCAUGGAAAAGGUGGUUCUGCCCAACGGUGAAGAGCGUGAGAUCGAAAUCAAGAACGCGCUAUAUGUUCCAAGUAUGAGCAAGAACCUGCUCUCGGUGCCACAGAUUAACAGCCAUGGCAAGUUUCAAGUCGUGUUUGACGGGUCCAAGAUGUAUGUGACUCUCAAGAACUCACAGCAAGUGGUGGCGACAGCGGAUCUCGUGGAUGGACUCUACUGGCUUCGGACGACUCAACGAUCAGCGAAUGUGACAACAAGUGGAACCAGUUGUGCCGAUCUACAUGCGAGAAUGGGUCAUGCUCCAGUCGAUGUACUUCGCAAGAUGAUCGCGACCAACAUGAUCAAGGAUGUGCGAGUCCCUCUCAAGUCGGGUGGAGCAACUACAUGUCGAGGAUGUCAACAAGGGGAAAUGGUCCAAAAACCAUUUCCAAGCAACCGAGACAAGCGCAGCUACGAUACGUUUGAGCUACUUCAUCUGGACAUCUGCGGGCCCAUGGAAAAGGAUUCGCUCGGUGGCAGCAAAUAUUUGCUGCUGAUCAUCGACGAAGCCAGUGGAUGCAUGAAGGGCUUUUGUCUACGAGUGAAGUCCGAGAGUGAAGACUACAUCCGGAAAUAUAUCACCAUGGUACAGACGCAGUUCGGCAAGAAGGUCAAGUUUGUGCGCCAAGACGGAGCUCGCGAGUUUGCUACGAACUCGCUUCAAGAUUUCUACGAGGAUGAAGGCAUUGAACAGCAGACGACGGUGCCGUAUGCACACCAGAACAACGGAACAGCAAUCGCGCCAUCGGGACUAUCGUCACGAUCGGCCGCAGCAUGCUUCACCAUGCCAAGUUGGACAAGUGCUUCUGGGCUGAAUUAG